ACUCUGGCUUCUAAAUUCCAUCUUGCACCUCUGUGCACCAAUAAAUCCCCUUAUAUUCUCGCCUUACUUACAAGGAUAUAUCAUUACAAAAAACAACAAAAGUUGGUGGCAGCAGUCUCAUUUCAAGGGCGAACCCAGCAGUUCUUCCUCCAAGCAGCUGACAAGGGAAACUUUGGCACCAAAGGGGGCAGCAAGCAGCCGAAUUUGCCUCGCUUGCUGGCUCGCUCCGACCUUCUCUCCAGGCAGCAGGUGGGAUCUUGGGGGGAGCCUGGGCGUGUCCCCGGCUGGGCUGCCUUCUGAAAACCCGCCCGCCUCUUGGGCACUCGAGGCCAGCAGCCCGAGUGCCGCGCAGCCCACUUGGAUUUGCCAACCCGACGCCCUGACCUUUGCCCAUCGCGGUCUCUCCGGCGUCAGCACCAUGGACAGCGAAUUUCUGCCUUCCCUCGACGCGGCUGCCUUUCUGAGCCUCUGGCAACGCUUCGACGCCGACGACAACGGUUACAUAGAAGGGAAAGAGCUUGAUAAUUUUUUCCAUCAUCUGCUGAAGACACUGGGCAGUGAAAGCACCGUAACAGAAGAAAAGGUGCAGAGGGUGAAAAAACGAUUUAUGUCAGCCUACGAUGUGACUGCAGAUGGACGCUUACAAAUACAAGAGCUUGCAAGUAUAAUCUUGUCGGAGGAUGAGAACUUCCUGCUUCUUUUCCGAAGAGAAACACCUUUGGACAACAGCGUGGAAUUCAUGCGGAUCUGGCGCCAAUAUGAUGUUGAUAGCAGUGGUUUUAUUUCAGCUGCCGAACUCAGAAACUUUCUGCAAGAUCUUUUCCAGCUGCAUGGAAAAACCAUUUCUAAGGCAAAACUGCAAGAAUACACAGAAACCAUGAUGAAGCUCUUUGACAAAAAUAAAGAUGGACGACUGGAUCUCAAUGACCUAGCAAGAAUUCUGGCUCUUCAGGAAAAUUUUCUCCUUCAAUUUAAACUGGAUGCUUGUAGUACAGAAGAAAGGAAGAGAGAUUUUGAGAAAAUCUUUGCACACUAUGAUGUUAGUAAGACAGGAGCACUUGAAGGCCCAGAAGUGGACGGAUUUGUUAAAGAUAUGAUGGAACUUGUCAAGCCCAGCAUUAGCGGCACUGACCUGGAUAAGUUCCGCCAGAUCCUGCUUCGCCAUUGUGAUGUGAACAAGGAUGGGAAAAUUCAAAAAUCCGAACUCGCCUUGUGUCUGGGAAUCAAAAUUGCCCCAUAGACCUGAAUGUGCUUCUCCUGUGGCUUGCCAAUUAUUGUCUUUUGUGAGAGCCUGCUGGUCCUGGUAGAACAUUUCCAGUGCUGUGUUAAUAAUCUCUGUUAUGAUGAGCCUAGAAGAUAGAGGCAACUCACAGUGCAGAUGAGAAUCUUCAUUUGCAAGUCUUCAGCCCAGCAGAAUACAUGUGAUGAACAGUAACGACACACAUGCUGUUCCAAAGGAGAUCUCGUCUGUGGGGUUUCUUACACAUUUU